CAACCCUGAAAUCGAAGAAAAUUUACAGAAUGCGCCACCUUACAAGUUCACGAACUGCUGUUUACCGUAUUCUACAUUGCAAAACACAGACAUAAUUUCACUUCUCAUUCUUUUUCAUAAUCUAUGGUUUAGCUAGACAUGAGAAGUGCAUUCUUAAAACCAGCAACAACGACUUCGACAACAAAUCUCACAGAGGCCGCCAUAUUUACAGUGAUUACGCUCGAGCCCAGACUCUCGACGAACAGAGGAUUGGAUCGAAGUUAUGCCCAGGGUAAGUGACAGCUCCUUAAGUCGCGUGAUUCAAGCGUGACACAGCAAGCAAAGCAAGUUGUACGCUUCUUGUUGCAAAUCCAACGUUGGGAAAGCUAAUAUUUACCGUUUCAAAGUCAGCCAAAGCAUGAGCCAAGAAUCUCGUAUUGGUUUUGUAGUGUUUGGCUUGGGUCGAGCAGGUCACAUCCAUGCCACAAACCUCAUUAGAGACCCGCAAGUGAGCCUGAAAUGGAUUGUGGACGUUGAUGAAGCCAAAGCAAAGGAUUUCGUGACAGAAAAUUUCUCAGAUGCAAAAGUUGUCACGCCAUCGGACAUGGAGAAGGUGUUGCGUGAUCCAAGUGUCAGUGCCGCAGUCGUAACCACUCCAACUCAUCUUCAUGAAGAGAUUGUUAUGCGCUGUUUACAGGCAGGAAAAGCUGUGUUAUGCGAGAAGCCGGUUGCUGAUAGCCUGGAAGCUGUAGAGCAUUGCUACAAGGUGGCCGAGAGCCACAAUAUUCCAUUACUGUGUGCCUUCAAUCGACGAUUUGACCCAACCAUCCACUUCAUGUAUGACAAAGUCAAAAACAAGGGCAUUGGCAAAGUUCAAGUGAUCAAGACAACAAGUCGCGACUCUCCCCUGCCAAGCAUGGAUUACCUAAAGAUAUCUGGGGGGAUAUUUCAUGACUGCUGUGUACAUGAUGUAGAUUUGAUCUGUUGGAUUAUGGGUGAAGCUCCUCACACUGUGUUCUGUCUCGCCAAUGCCUUCCAUUCGGAAAUUGGAGCGCUUAAUGAUGUGGACACGGUUGGCGUCGUCAUGAAGUUUCCAAGUGGUGCCAUUGGCCAAAUAGAUCUGUCACGUCAUUCUGUGUACGGUUACGACCAACGUGUCGAAGUGUUUGGGGCGAAUGGAAUGCUUACAAGCGAUAACAGUUCAGCUCUCACCAUUACACACUCCCAUACUGCUGGAAGUUCACUUCAACCCAUCAAGUUCUCGUUUCCCCAACGAUAUGCUGAGGCUUACAGUCUAGAAAUGCACCAUUUUAUCAAUGUAAUAAGAAAGAAAGAAAACUUGCUGGUGUCUAAAGAUGAUGUGCUUCGAUCCUUUAAUAUUGUGGAAGCCAUUGCGAAAUCACACCAAACAGGAAAACCGGUUGCCUUAUGAGAAUACUGAGUAAUUUGAAAUGGUCAUCUAAUGAAUUGGAUGAAGUUGCUCCAGUGCAGUGCUUUCAGUUAGAUUUGAAGUAGUUGUCUCCCUUUUGUUAGCGCGCCCGCAGCUGAUAAAAGGAGCUGAAUGCCCCUUGUCCUCUAGGGGGAUAUGGGAGCAUGCCCCCCCCCCCAGAAAAUUUUUGAAAUUGGGAAGCUCAGAAAGACAAUUUCCAGCGAUUUGAGGUAAAAUAUUAACACUCAAGCACUCAUUAUUUUUCAUAGUUCAAGGCAGUCUCGUGUAUAUUAUACACUAUUUUCAGUUGUGUCUAUAUUACUGAGAUAAAGGUAUGCCUUUUACUAAAAGCUGAUAGAAUGUUACAUGUCACACUGUCUGUUUGUUAGAGGACUCAAGAAAUACUACCGUUAAAACCUUAUGUGGUUGCUUUCAUGUUCAUGCAAAAGGACUAAGUGUCCUCAGCUUUUUCAAUGUAUACUUCUAACGUUUUUAUUAGCUUUCCAAUAAUAACUAACUAUUUAAUAGGCUGAAUUGCUAGUUCCUUUUUAUAUGACUCCAUCAGCACAUUAAUGCAGGAAUACAGCCGGCGAUUUGCAAGAGAGUACCUACAGAGCUCUGACGGGAGCCAGGUCUUACUGAAAGCACUGCCAGUGCCAUAAACAUAUAUACAUGUAGCAGUGAAUGGAAAAUCAGUUGAUAUUUAAAGCAAUUGUCUUCUGCAAUUUACAGCUUUAAGUGACAAGCUUUAUUGGUAAUUAUUGAUUCUUCCAGCAUAGUUCAGAUAAUUAAUUUUUAUCACCUUAUUAUUAGCGCAAACUGUUUUUCUUAAGCCCUUGUAGUUAUUUAGGGUAGCCAGUACUCUUUUCAAUUUACUUAAUUAUUUGUUCAACAAUUUUUACAUUAAGGAUUGCUGAAUUUUGAUCAUAAGGAUCCUUUUCUUUACUCAGGUGUUUAAAUGGGUACUGGUGAUCUGGGGGUAUAACUAUGCAAUGGACUAGUGUCCCAUCUAGGGGGGAGUAGAAAUACUCCUACAUGUACUUGCUUCUUGCUACUGAAACCAGGAUAAGCAUCUGCUUG